UACUACAAGUAGCUCGUGGAACAGACCUAUAUUAUACAACAGAAACAAAUACUACUAAUUUAAUUCAACUCAUCAUUAUAGUCAAGUAGCAAUCCCUAUUCCUCGCGUGUGAUUCGUUCCGGCCUGUGUUUACAUUUUGUUUGUUUUUUUUUAACUUUUUACCAUAUAAAAUUAAACAAAUAUAAAUGAAUUCUUUAAAUAAUCGUGUCUCUACUAUUAAAGCAAGUGAGAAUGUCAAAAAAAAUUCAGAAAUGCGGGCCGAACUUAUUAAAUUACCUGAGAGCUAUGAAUUAUGCGAGGAAACAUAUUGCUUGCGAAUAAGAGGUGCAAAAUCUGUACAAGAGCAAGUUUCUACUAUAAAAGAUGUAGGCAAAAGUGUUUCUAAAUCUCUUGAAAAUGAUGAUCAAUUGUUCCAGUUUCUUGCUGAUAUGUAUUUUCACUGUCCUUUAAAACAUCCUGUACGAAAUCAAAUAGUGAAGUUACUUAUCACAACGGCUCGUGUUGGUACCAAUAUUGAUGAAACAACAAUUAUUAAAUAUUUGACUCAUUCCUUACAAUCUGUUAUUUCGAAUGCAAAGGCGAAGAUAGAUAGCUGUGAUUGGAAUAAAGCAAUUCUGUCUUUGAGUGGUUGCUUUGAAAAUUUUAAUUGCGGUUUAAAGUCAGUUGGUGAAACUAUUUCUACUUUUUUUCCGUUUUUGUGUUUAUCCUUACAAAAAUAUAUAACAGAAUUGGGUGUCCUGCAAUCACCAUCCAGAAGAAAUGAAUAUUAUCUCUAUAUACAUAAUGUGUUGAGAAUAGUAUUAUCUUGCAUUCAGGAGUUUCCUACAAUGAUUAAAGAAAAUAAAGAACCAUUGGAUAAAUUAAAAAUAAUUUGUAAAGAGAUAUUAUUGAAUGAUGAAAUCCCAAUGGAUCCUCGAACGAAUUCAGGCAUUAUUUUGGCAUACAAUGCAAAAAUAUUUGAUGAAUUUGAAUCAUUCAUACAAGAAGCUAAAAAUGCAAAAAAUCCAAAUGAAAUUGCAAUGUGUGUUGGAGUCAUAAAUAUUAUAAAUCAGAAAGAUUUUGAUACAUUUUCAGCAGAUAUACGUGAUGUUUGCGCUAAAAUCGAUGAAUUUGCUAAUUCAAAUUCAACUGUGCCAGUUAUUUUGUUAUCAGCAACAAGAGCUUUAUAUCAGAUGUCAAAAAUAAUACUGACUCUUGAUUUGAGUAUACAAAAAACCAUCGAUAGUACAAAAUCGAUUUUAAGAAAAUUAUUAACUUUCGUUUUUGGUUAUUUGGAACAUCAUAUGGAUAGCGUUAGGCAUAUGUGUAAAGAUCUAUUGAGAAAUAUAUUAGCUCUUGCAAAAAACCUGAAUUUUGAAUAUUUAUUGGAAAAAAUAUACAAUGCGUGCAAAUCGGAACGUUUAUCUAUAUCUAUGAAAUGUGUAAUACUUCUUCAUACGGCUUCUAAUUUGGGUGCAGUUGAUGUUUUACGGAAUUGUCCAGAUUUAUUUUCAAAACUAUUCUCUGAGUAUAUGGGACGAGAUUUUAUGGUUAAUAAUUUAUUUGAGGGAAUGUUUACUGUAAGUCACAAGGAAUUAGAAUAUAACGACUGGUUUGAUUUAUGGAUCAAAUACUUACUUAAAUUUGCUGCAGACAACGAUGAUUAUAUGCCAGAAUUGGAAAAUCUGCUUGUUAAAGCUGUUAAAGUGGAGCCAAAGAUAGUGCGAGAUGUUGUUGAAAAUACAGAAUUUGAAACUCCAACAAGUAUAAAAUUAUCUGCUCUAUGGGCUGUAAGAAAAUUAGGCAUAAAAAUGAUCGAUUUCAAUGAACUUAUGAUAAAAUGUUCUUGCGAUUUAUUAUAUAGUAUCGUUUCAAAUUCAGACGAAUCCCGUAUAAUAGCUUUACGGGUCUUGGUAGAAACUCAUAAAACUACAGAAGUAUUAACGGAAGUUGAAUGUGGACAUUUAUUGACAUAUUUAGAAUACAACUUAAAUACACAAAGUCCGGCUACAAGACAGAAAACACUUUCAUUACUUAAAAAAGUCUUAGUUCGUCUAGAAAUAAAUUUAGUUAAAGCUUUAAAGGAAUGUAAAACUAAAGAAAAGUUAGAAAAAAAUAUGCAUUAUGGAUUUUUUGUUGACGUGAUGCGGAUUUUAGUUCAAAAUCUAUUUUAUGGUUCAAAUUUUAGUAGAAGAUCAGUGGCACUUCAACUGUUCGAGCAAUGUCUACACAUAUGCAUAAAUCUUAAUAUUUCUUCAGAAAAUGUAUUUGUGCCUAGUACUGUUCCAAUUCUUGCGGAAAUGUUAUCUGACUGUUACGAAGAAAAUAAACACAUUGCUGUUAAUAUCCUGCAAACACUUGAAAAUAUUCUAGGUUAUAGUCUUGUGGAAAAAUAUAAAUUAAAUAUUAAUCGAAAUCAAAUAAAAGAGCUACUGACUUCGGUACGUCCAACGUAUUCCAUUACUGGUGCAUAUCAAUUACAAUUUUAUUGCAAUAUGGUCAAUCCGAGCAUUUUCGGCACUUACGAGUUAACAAACUAUCAACCUACAUUCUAUGCUUCGUUAUGCUGGUUAUUAAUUGAGUUAAAGGAUGGAUUGGAUUUAGCUAAGCAAAGCAUAUUACAAGCUGCAAAGUUAAAUCCACUCUAUGGUAUUUUAUUUGCCAUUAAACAUUUGCUUAAACAGUUGGAUUUUCAAAUUUUGUCUCAAGAAAUUCAUUGGCGCAUUAUGAUAGCUGAAUUAAUAAUAUUAUGCAAAAUGCUAACCGCGGUUGUUGCGCCAAUCGUAAAUAGUUCUUCGCCUGAAGGACAUCUACCAAAUGAUUUUAGUGAAUUUCCAGCAGAAUUCACUAAAGAUGAAACUGAAAUCAACACAGGUGAAACAGAAACUGUGUGCAAAGUGUUAUCAUCGAAAAAUGCUAAAUUGAAUCUAUCAACUGUUAAAACUACUCCACAAAUGGUGCUUCUCUGCAGUUGGCGUACAAUAAAAGAAGUGUCUCUGUUACUUGGUGAAAUCGUAUUACGAUCACCCAUCUACUGUAGUCAAAUAAAUGAAAACUUUCUGAUUACAAAAGAGCAAAUUAUAGAAAUAGGCGAACAUUUCAAAUUGUUGCUCUUUGAAACAAAGCAUCGUGGUGCAUUCGAACAAGCCUACGUUGGUUUUUCAAAGCUUUGUUGUCGCUUAUGGCGUGUCGAAAUAGCUGAAUUAAAUAUGCUACCGAUGGUUUGGUUACGUGAUUUAAUAAAUUUAAUAUCUAAAGAUGAACAGAUUAAUGAGAAAAUAUGUGCUACACGACGAAGUGCUGGUGUCCCGUUCAUGGUUCAGGCGCUAAUCACAUCCGAACUGCAAAUGGGCUCUACAAAAUCAUUACACUAUUGCAUGUCUCAGCUACUGCAGCUAUGUACACCAUCGGAACAUAUAAGUGGUGAGUCGCGUACACAUGCCAUGAAUAUACUACGAGCCUUAUUCCGUUGCUCUGAUUUAAAUGAAGCGGUGGGUGAAUUUAUAAGUGAAGGUGUUAAGAGUGCUUUACGUGGUUAUGAUGCAGAAACGUGGUCUGAAAAGAAUUCAGCAACUUUAUUAUUUGCUGCACUUAUAAAUCGUAUAUUUGGUGUGCAAAGAACAAAGGAUUCAGAGAACUUAAAUAUACGUAACAAGCUAACAGGUCGCAUUUUCUUUCUACGUUACCCCAAACUAUAUGAUUUCUUCUUAGAGGAAUUACAAUGUGCUAGUUCAUUAGUUUCUAUGCAAAAGAAAGCUAAUAAGUUGCAUCCUUUACUUUUACUUUUAAGUCGUUUGUAUCCAUCAGCUUUAGAAGGCACAGAAUCUAAUAUAAAGCUCUCAGAAUUUAUACAAUACAUUGUGACAUGCUCUGGUUGUCCAGAAUUUCAAACACGAUUUUUGUCUGCUAAAGCGAUUACUGCAUUAAUAUCAAAGGAUGCUGUACCCACAAUGAUUUUAGAGAAGUGUGCAGAUAUAAUAAUGUGGGUUGAUAAUUAUAAAGAUGCAAAUCUGAAUGUGCUGCAUGGAAAUUUAAUAUUGGUACAUAUGCUUCUUAAAACAUAUAAGAGCUUUGUAUUGGAGUUAGCCUGUGAUAUUAGUUAUACAUUAGUGAUAUUCCAACAAAAAACAGAGAUGAAAAAUUCAAUAAUAUUGAAAGCUAUAUUUGACAUCUUAAUUGUACUUUUAAGCAGUACGACAAAAUUGAAAUUCUCCGAAAAUGUUAUGCAAAAUUUAACCUACUUCAGCACCCAAAAUCAAAUGAUUAAUCCCGAGUUUAGUAAAUAUUUUCCUGUUUUGCGUAAAGCAUUAUAUGUUUAUAAUUUGCAUAUAACACGAUUAACACUAUCUCCAAAUGCUAUAUCAGAUUCCCUACUAAACUUAAACAUAAAUGAAAAAAAUAUUGAGCAAACUGAAACAUGCUUAAAUAUAAUUUUAUUGCUUUUAUUAAAAAAGCAUUCAAAUGCAUAUGUUAUGUCCGAGUUCGAAUUUACUGCCCAUGAAUUGCAAUUUGUAAGAAUAUUAACUGCCGAUGCACGUGAUAUUAUAAUAACUGAAAUAAAACAAAGUAAAAAGUUAGAUUCAAUCUUGAAAGAGCUUGUGCUUUUACCAAUUUACUAUCCAGAGUGCACUACAAAAGCAUAUGCUAUCUUAAGUUUCCUAGAUCAUUUUAAUUAUACUCUUGAAAAUCUUAUAACCGAAUCAAAUAAAUAUCCUAGUGAUGUUAAAACAUCAUUGGCAAUGUGUAUUGAACGAUUUGUAGUCUCGCAAGGUGUAGACGAAAAAGUUUCUCAAGCAGUACUGGAAUAUUUAACGGAGAUAUCACAACCAUGGCAACCAGACUUCUUAAGAUUUAAGGCAUCACAUAUUUUGUACGAAAUACAUGAACAUUUUUGGAAAGCUUUGAAAAAUAAAAAUAUACGCUUUGUGCGUUCAUAUAUUAACUUAUUGCUUUCACUUAUUAUGGAUGAUGACUCUGAUAUACGUGAUAAUGCAUCAAAUAUUGUUUUAAAAAAUUUAGAUGUUGAUAUGGAAAAUGUUGUUUCUACAAUGGCACAACGACUCUUUCUUCAAGCAAUCGCAGAUGUUUUACUUUCAACUAAGGCUAGUGACGAAUAUAUAAUAGAUAUAUUCAAUAUAAUAACGGAUAUAUAUUCUCCUAAUCAAUCUAAUAAUAAUGAUAUCAAAAAUUCAGAAAUAGUUACUGAUUUAGAAGUUUUUGAUAAAAAUGAAGUAAAUGUCUUUGCUGAACCUAUAAAAGUUAUUUAUGACAUCAUCGUAGUUUUUAAAAACUCAUUUAAUGAACGUCCAAAAGUUUUGGAUAUAGUCUGCAAGAAUGCAUAUAGCAGUUAUAGUCAGAAAAAAUAAUGAUAUUUUGUUAAU